AGAUUUAUAUGGUUAAAGAAACAUUGUUUGUGUGAUUUUUACAGAUUUUAGGGAAAAUUCAUAUUUACCGAUUUUAAACUAGGCUCAGUGAGUAUCAAACAAUGUCACUAGCUACUUAAUUUGAUCGCUCGGUAAGCUUGGAAAGCAAGAAUUUUAGGGAGAGAAGGUAAAAUUCCUACAGAUUUUUAUUAAACUUCCGCUAAUCUUCUCUCUGGAUACCUUUAAAAGCAACACGACAGCCCGUAACUUUGUGAGCAUCCAGGCACUCUUCAAGUCCUUGCCGGCGCGCGCCACCCCGGCCGCAACCAAGACACAGCGGGACAACCACAUGGCGCACGACGGCGGCGCCAAUGGCACCGCCGCGCCGCUGCUCGCCUCGUCUGCAGGCAAGCCGCGGCGGAACAUGUACGCCUUCGGAUGCGCCACGCUCGCCUCCAUGACGACCAUCCUCAUGGGUUACAAUCUCGCGCUGAUGAGCGGUGCGCAGCUGUUCAUCCGGGAGGACCUGGGCCUCUCCGACGCGCAGAUCGAGGUGCUCGCAGGGUCCAUAAACGUGUCCAUGCUCGUGUCCAUCCUCGCCGCCGGCUGGGCGGCCGACCUGCUGGGCCGUCGCGGCACGCUCGUGCUCGCCAACGCCUUUCUCAUGGCCGGCCCGCUCGCCAUGUCGCUCGGCGGCAGCUACGCCACGCUCAUGGCCGCGCGCUUCGUCACCAGCAUCGGGUCCGGGUUCUCCAUCGUUGUCACAUCGGUUUACAACGCCGAGAUCUCGCCGGCGUCCACGCGCGGCCUCUUGUCGUCGUUUCUUGACAUGUUUAUCAGCGUCGGCUUGCUGCUUAGCUACGUGUCAAACUACGCCUUCGCCGGCUUGCCAGUGCACCUCGGCUGGCGCAUCAUGUACGCCGUCGGCGUGCUCCCGCCCGUGUUCCUCGGCGUGGGCGUGCUCGCCAUGCCGGAGUCGCCGCGGUGGCUCGCGAUGCGCGGGCGCCACGCCGACGCGCGCGCGGUGCUCGUGCGCACCUCAGACAGCCCGGCCGAGGCCGACCUCCGCCUCGAGGAGAUCAAGAAGGCCGUCGAGGAGCCGCAGGUUAGCGACGGAGGCAGCGUCUGGAAGGAGCUGCUCGUCCGGCCAACGGCGAGUGUGCGUCGGAUCCUCAUCUGCGUGGCCGGGAUUCAUUUCUUCCAGCAAGCGUCCGGCAUCGACGCCAUCGUUUUGUACAGCCCGCUAGUGUUCAAGAAGGCUGGCAUGUCAUCGAACGGCGCCAUCCUGGGCGCCACCGUCGCCGUCGGAGUGGUCAAGGCGUGCUUCGUCCUCGUGGCCACACUCUUCUCCGACCGCCUAGGCCGGCGACCCCUCCUCCUCACCAGCACGGCCGGCGUGGCCGCCACGAUGACGUCGCUAGGGAUAACGCUCAGCGCCGGCGUGACGUCGACGGCAAGCGCAGCAGCCAGCGUCGCGUCGGUGCUGGCCUUUGUGGCGGCGUUCUCGGUCGGGUUCGGGCCGCUGGCAGGCACGUACAGCGCGGAGAUCAUGCCGCUGCGCCUGCGUGCGCAGGGCGCGAGCUUGGGCAUGGCGGUGAACCGGCUGACGUGCGGGUUGGUGAGCAUGACCUUCAUCUCGCUCGCCGAUGCGAUCACCAUGCCGGGAUGCUUCUUCCUAUACGCUGGGGUGGCGGCGGUAGCAUGUGUGUUCGUGUACGCGCGGCUGCCAGAGACGAGGGGCCGGAGCUUGGAGGACAUGGAUGUGCUCUUCGCCAAGUGAUCCUCGACGCCUUCGUCACCAUCAGUGACCGAGGCCGAGCAGUGGUUAUCUUUAUUUGGGUUUUGUUUUUUAUUUAUCGUUUUAGACAUCUAUAAGGUCUCUAAUCCAUACAUUUUGACGUUGAAAUUUUAUAGCAUUUGUUAUUAAAAGUUAUUGAAAAGUAUUUCUAAUGAUAAAUUUAUUUAUUCUA